AUGCAGAGGUCAGACAAGAGAUUCAAACAAGAAGGAAGUAUCUCAACGAACAACCCACCGUUGACGACGCCGUCGCCGCAAGAAGGAAGUACCUCAAUGAACAACCCAACGUUGACACCGCCACCAGCGGCGGCGCCACCGUACCGGCUUACGAGUGAAGAGGAAGUUUCCGUCAUGAUAGCCACGUUAAAGAAUGUCAUUACUGUUGCUCAAGAUACAGAGACUUGCCAGGUUUGCGGAAUUCAAGGGUGUUUAGGGUGCAAUUAUUUUGGACAGGCCAUGGCGGUGCCGGAGGUUGAUGAAAGAAAGAAGAAAAAUGUAGUAGUGAAGAAAAAGAAGAAGAAUUACAGAGGUGUGAGGCAGCGGCCAUGGGGAAAAUGGGCGGCGGAGAUUCGGGAUCCUCGCAAGGCAGCAAGAGUGUGGCUUGGUACAUUUGAGACGGCGGAGCAUGCCGCGCGGGCUUAUGAUAUGGCGGCGAUUGAGUUUAGAGGUCCAAGAGCAAAGCUUAAUUUUCCCUUUGCUGAUUACACCGACGCCUCCACCUCCGCCACGGGCUCUGCCUCGGCCGCGGUCGGGCGCAGUCAGAAUCAGCAGAAAAUGGUGCAUCAAGAAAAUGAAAGAAAUAACAAGAUUCGGACAGAAAUGAAAGUUGGGAACAGCAAUGAGAAGGAUUUCUGGGAUUUGAUUGGAGAAGAUGAUAUUCAAGAAUUGUUGAUGACAAAUAUGAUGGAUUCCAAUGGAGAACAUUCAUCAGAUUCUGCCAGCGGGAUCUAA